GGAGGCCGAGAUGGAGGGCCUCUCUCCAACCAGGGAGGUGGCAAAGAACAGGUUCCCUCUGUCCAGGGAGCUAGCUAAAGAGAUCUUCAAAACAGCAAGUAAAGUCUUGCAGUGACCCAGGAAACUGCCAAACUGGCUGGGGGCUGCAGACUGCAGAAGCAGCCAUUAGAAAUACUGAACGGCUUUGGAAGGCGCAGUCCAUGAAAGCUGCUAUUUGUUCUACACAUCCUUCUCUUGACAUCCCACUAUAUCAUAUCAGCUGUAAGCAUCGUCGGCCCCAGGGUAGGCUCUGGAGGCAGUCUGCCACUGGAACACCCUUCAGCAGCACCUUUGCAUGGCAGUGAAAGCAGCAGGAUGGCGGAACAGUGUUUUGAGCUGAUGUGUGUGGGUACCAUGCUGUUUGAGCCCUCAGCCCUCCUGCCUGGCACCACGAAGAAAGGCUACAGCGAGAUGCUGAGCUGAAAUGCCCCCUGGUACUUUAGACAACACCCUGCCCACUCACACUGCUGAAGCAUUUGAACUUAUAGAAAAAUGAAGCUGGUGAUGAGAGUUGAAGAAACUGAACUGGUGAUGGUGAGUCCAACUUCAGAGCAGUAUGACAGUUUGCUCCGGCAGAUGUCAGAGAGAAUUGAUGAGGGAUGUGGGGAGACCAUCUAUGUCAUUGGUCAAGGAUCAGAUGGGACUGAAUACGGUCUGAGCGAGGCAGACAUGGAAGCAUCCUAUGCCACGUUGAAGAGCAUGGCAGAGCAGAUCGAGGCAGAUGUGAUCCUCCUGCGGGAGCACCAGGAGGCAGGGGGCAAGGUGCGCGACUACCUCGUUCGGAAACGUGUGGGUGACAACGACUUCCUGGAGGUCAGGGUAGCAGUGGUUGGCAAUGUGGAUGCAGGAAAGAGCACAUUGCUAGGUGUCUUGACACAUGGCGAACUAGACAAUGGCCGAGGCUUUGCUCGGCAAAAGCUCUUCCGCCAUAAGCAUGAGAUCGAGUCAGGCCGCACCAGCAGCGUGGGCAAUGACAUUUUGGGCUUCGACAGUGAGGGCAACGUGGUGAACAAGCCCGACAGCCACGGUGGCAGCUUGGAAUGGACAAAGAUCUGUGAGAAAUCCACCAAGGUCAUUACUUUCAUUGACCUGGCUGGUCAUGAAAAGUACCUGAAAACCACCGUCUUUGGCAUGACUGGCCAUUUACCUGACUUCUGCAUGCUUAUGGUUGGCAGUAACGCUGGGAUUGUUGGAAUGACCAAGGAGCACUUGGGCCUGGCGCUUGCACUUAACGUUCCCGUCUUCGUUGUGGUGACCAAGAUCGACAUGUGCCCUGCCAACAUCCUGCAAGAAACCCUGAAGCUGUUACAGCGACUGCUGAAGUCCCCAGGGUGCAGGAAGAUUCCCGUGCUGGUUCAGAGCAAGGAUGAUGUCAUUGUAACAGCCUCCAACUUCAGCUCAGAGAGGAUGUGCCCAAUUUUCCAGAUUUCAAACGUCACUGGGGAGAACCUAGAUUUGUUGAAGAUGUUUCUUAAUCUCUUGUCUCCACGGACAAGUUACAGGGAAGAAGAGCCAGCAGAAUUCCAGAUAGAUGACACUUAUUCUGUCCCGGGUGUAGGAACAGUUGUGUCUGGGACGACACUGAGAGGUCUAAUCAAGCUAAAUGACACCCUGCUGCUGGGACCAGAUCCCCUUGGCAACUUCCUACCUAUUGCUGUCAAGUCCAUCCACCGCAAGAGAAUGCCUGUCAAAGAAGUGCGGGGAGGCCAGACUGCCUCCUUUGCUUUGAAAAAGAUCAAGCGUUCUUCCAUCCGGAAGGGCAUGGUAAUGGUGUCACCCCGCCUGAAUCCACAAGCAUCGUGGGAGUUCGAAGCAGAGAUUCUGGUGCUCCAUCAUCCCACCACCAUCAGCCCACGAUAUCAGGCCAUGGUGCAUUGUGGCAGCAUCCGUCAGACGGCCACAAUUCUCAGCAUGGACAAGGACUGCCUGCGGACGGGGGACAAAGCCACAGUGCACUUUCGCUUCAUCAAAACCCCGGAAUAUUUGCAUAUAGACCAGCGUCUGGUCUUCCGUGAAGGACGCACCAAAGCUGUGGGUACCAUCACUAAGUUACUCCAGACCACCAAUAACUCGCCAAUGAACUCCAAGCCACAGCAGAUCAAGAUGCAGUCAACCAAGAAGGGAGCUGUUACAAAACGAGAGGAUGGUGUUCCCCCAGCUGGGACGGCAGCUGGGGGCCCACCAGCUGGGGACGAGGCCCCCUCAACAGCCGCAGCGCCACUGACACCUACUGCUCUGCAGCCAUUGCCUGCACUGGAUGAAGAGCCCCACAUCCGCGAGGGCAAUAAGUCAAAAGUCGGAGGAGGAGGCCGGCGACGUGGGGGUCAGCGCCAUAAAGUGAAGUCUCAGGGAGCCUGUGUGACUCCUGCCAGUGGCUGCUGAAUUUCUUACACCUCCUCCCUCUGAGGAAUUCCUCCCCUUCCCUUCAUUUCUUAUCCAAAAGAUCCAGAGCAGCUUAAACCAAAACCCAUCCCAGCUGAUUGGCUGCAGAAGAAUCGUCCCUCCUCCCUGAAGGAAGCGAUGGAGAGGAGCAUAAUUUAUAAGCUAAUGAAGGUGAUAAGACACACAGAACUGAGUAACUGACACCUUCCUCCUCCCCCUAUUGACACGUUUUUGUACAUCAUGGGCUUAGUUUUUAUUCUUAUUAGUUUUUAUUAUAUUUUGUGUGCAUGAAGAUGAGAGGAGAGUCUGGAUAGAACUGCGAAGAGCCAGUUAGCUGCCUCCCUCCUCCCUCCCCCCGUUCUGUCCACAGGACUUGCUGCUCUCCUCCUAUUUGCUGUCUCAGAUCCAGGGGUUAUCAAACGCCUGUAAUUUCAGACUUGCAAAGGUUAAAACACGUUGCUUAGGAUGGCUCCAUAGGGCAUUGUUUCCUCACCACUGUGGCCCUGUGCCAAAUAAUGUUUCUGGAUUCCCUCCAUCUUAUACUAUUUCUAAGUGGGUUUAAUUUAAUGUUCUAGUGACUGAAGUUUGAAGGAGUGGUAAGAAAGUUCAUUAGUUGGAGAUCUAAGAGGGAAACAAAUUGGAAAGCAGUUCUUGAUGUUAAGUUGAGGAAUCCUAUACUAAAUAUCCUUCUCAAAUACAAUGAUGAUAGCACUUAAGAUUUCAGUUAGAGACAGAAUUAAAUGGGCAGUCAUUUGCCCAUCCUGUUCCCCUUCCCAUCAUGCUGCUUUUCCUAUUGUUUGUUCAGCGCACAUUGGAGCAAAUCUAUCCUGCCUCUCAAGGCUGCGGCAGCUCAGUUGACAGUAUUAAGAAUAUAGUGCAGGAACACUUGGUCUGUCCCUUGAGCCAGAGAAAGCCUUCUCACCUCAACGGACAGAGAUCAGAGGUGGUAAUACACCUUUGGAACAGAGACACCAGGCAAACAUGACCUCCCCUUGAUUUUGUUUACUCCAAGAUUUCCCAAAUCUUUUCUGGAACUCACUGGCCAAACUUUGCCAUGGCAGAGGUAGGAUUUGUCUUCUCCCCUCUUGGCCAAAGAGGGCAAUGAUGGAUUGGUACCAAACUUAGCGAAGUGCUUUCAGGUUUGGAAGUACUUGGUAAUUUUUCUAACUUUCAUUUAGUUUUUUUUUAAGGUUGUAUUUUUUUUUUAAUGACCAAUUCUGGCUUCUCCAGGAAGGCCCUGCAAGGACGGUCUAUGAAUUAACUUUAUUGUUAUCAUGUUUUUUAACCAUGGGUUGUGCAAGCGAUCAAUUCCCUGCUUAUGUUGAUCUCACUUCUAACCCUGCCUCUUCGCUUGGCUCCCAUGAGGACAGGAGUUGUUAUCCUCGGCCGGUUUGUGGUGAGCUGUGGGAGCGUGGUAGCAUUUUGAGAGAGGAGGUGGCAUCCUCAGCAAAUCGUUGCUCUCCCCAGCAGGUGCGGUCAGCCUCAGUUUUCUGUGAGGGCUUCCUCCUCCGAUGAAGGACUUUUUUAUUUUAUUUAGAGGGAGACUGAAAAGUUUCUGUCCCUCCUUAGUGGGUUGUUCCUGGUUCUCACUCUGUGGCACCUGUGUGGAGUUCAGUCCAGUUCCCCUUGUGAUUCGAGGUAGGCUUUCAAGCUGACUGAGAGACAGUAGGCUCGGGAAAGGGGGGAGCGCGCAUCUCCCGACACCGGCACCAGCACUCCAAGAGCAUUAAGCAGCAUGGGAGAGGCGAGGAAUGUGGUUUAGAGAUGAGGGUACUUUGCCUUAGAGACUGCAGUGGCCCGAGCGUGGGUGGAAGGGGGAGGUCAGACAGUCCUUUCCAAGCUAUGUGCCUAAAUACCAGCACUCUCCUGGCGAGGGAGGAACUAUAGGCGGCUACAACACUAAUAGCACCCGCAUUGUGAGGGGGUGUGAAGUGUGGCUAAGCAGGGCACGAGGGCCUGGUUUGUUUGUCUUCUGGCCCUGUAGCAGCAUCAAACUGCAUCUGAUUUCACUGCCCUCUGCUUCUGAGGGGAGCAGAGAGCUCCAGGCGGUUUUCUCUUUCUCCAUUCCUUGUGCUCCAAAUGAAGGAGACACUGCCGAGACUGGAAGAGGGUUUACUUCAGUUCGUGCAAAGGAGGUGGUGUGAUCUCUCUUUUGUGACCAGCAUUCAAAGAUCACUCAGGCUGGUGUGAUCUAUAAAAUAAAUUUUAAAAAAGUUUGUUCCAAGUUAAA